AUGCCUGGAAAGCGACCAAGUGAUAGCAAGAGUGCAGGACCAGUUCGUAAGCGAAAGAAGAUUGAUUUAGAGCAGAAAAUGAAAAUAGUGAAAAAGUAUGAAGGCGGACAAAGCCUGUCGUCAAUUGCUCGUGAACUCGAUUUGGCUACCUCAACAGUGAAAAGUAUUUUGAAUGAUAGUGCACGCAUAAAAGAGCAUGUGAAAGGCUCUGCUCCUUUAAAAUCAACAGUCAUAACGAAGCAGCGUACUGGUGCUAUCUAUGAAAUGGAAAAUUUGUUAACAAUGUGGAUGGAAGAUCAGAUUCAAAAAUGUAUGCCGCUUAGCCUAAUGAUUAUUCAAGCAAAGGCUAAAAGUAUUUUUGAAGAUGUAAAGGGAAAAUACAGUGACCCUAACGCAAAGUUUGUGGCUAGUCAUGGGUGGUUUAAUAGAUUUAAACAACGUGCAAAUUUUCACAAUGUAAAAGUGAGUGAUGAGGCUGCUAGUGCUGAUACAAAAGCAGCUGAAAAGUAUCCCGAAGUGUUACGAAAACUUAUAGAAGAAUGUGGUUAUACAGCACAGCAAAUCUUUAACGUCGACGAAACUGGAUUGUUUUGGAAAAAAAUGCCAGACAGAACAUACAUUUCAAAAGAGGAAAAGACGAUGCCAGGGUUUAAGGCUGCGAAAGAUAGGCUAACACUUUUGCUUGGGGGUAAUGCAGCUGGAGAUUGCAAAUUGAAACCGUUGCUUGUUUAUCAUUCAGAAAAUCCCCGUGCGUUUAAAGGCAUUAGCAAAGCUACCCUUCCAGUUCAUUUCCGUUCAAAUCGAAAGGCUUGGAUCACAAUGGCACUUUUUGAAGAUUGGUUUAUAAAUCUGUUUAUCCCUGAAGUGGAAAAAUUCUGCAGAGAAAACGACAUCCCAUUCAAGAUUAUGCUUAUCGUCGAUAAUGCUCCUGGACAUCCUGCACAUUUAGACGACUUUCACCCUAAUGUAAAAGUCGUGUUUCUACCUCCUAACACGACUUCGAUCCUACAGCCCAUGGAUCAGGGGGUCAUUGCUAAUUUUAAAGCCUAUUAUCUACGAAGAACAUUUGCACAGGCAGUAGAAGCAACUGACAGAGAGUCUGGCAAGACUUUGCGCGAUUUUUGGAAAUCAUAUAACAUUUACCAAGGCAUCAUAAACAUUGCUAAGGCCUGGGCAGAGGUUACCCAGGUUUGUUUGAAUGCCGUAUGGAAGAAAGCAUGCCCACAGUUUGUACACAGCUUUAAAGGUUUCGAAAAAGACGAAACAUAUGAGGAGGUGGCAGACGAAAUUGUGAAGCUUGCCGAGCAGCUUGAGCUGGAGGUUGAUGUUGGUGAUGUUGAUGAGCUUAUUGAAUCCCAUGGAGCUGAAUUAUCAAAUGAGGAUCUUAUAGAAUUAGAAGCAGCAAAAGUAAAAGAGCAGACUGAAGCGGAGGAUGAAGUUGAAGAAGUAGAAGAGCCACGACACUUCAACACUAAGGAGAUGGCACUUGCAUUUCGUGAGAUUGACUCUGCAAUGGCAAGGUUUGAGAAGAUGGAACCCAAUUCCUCACGAUUCUUGAAAGUGAACAGAGGCAUUGAUGAAACGCUGGCCUGUUAUAGACAGAUAUAUGAAGAGAAGAAAAAGGCCAUUAUCGAGUCAUCUCUUGAUAAGUUUGUAAGGAAGGUUGAAAGGCCUGCAACGUCCACAUCUCUACAGCCUUCCACCUCCAAAGCCCCCUCCGACGACCCCGAUGAUAAUGUUAAUUCUGAAUUUCUGGAUCUGCAGCAUGGAAGCUAA